AUGACUUCAACAAUUACUCCAACACCGAUUGAAAAGAACAGUCAAUCUGGGCCCAAGGCUGAUUCGAUCUCCCUGGAGACCACUCUUCGUCUUCCCAACACAUCCGAACUGCUCACCCAUCUCAAUCUUUUGGACGCGAUUGUCUGUUUGAAAGCAUCUGUUGAUGAGUAUGGAGAAAUGAAUGGGAUGGACCCCGGAAAAGCCUGGGAUCAGUUCUGCCAGGCCGCCGCCGCCAAGUUUCUCCAGUGGUCCGAGAGCGUUGACGUUUCCAAGGCGAGCGUAGCCACUCCCUCUCUCAACAUUCUUAUGAUCUGGCAUUCGUACAUGCUGAAUACCAAAGACUAUGUGCAGUUUCAAAAUGAAGCGUUCCGAGGCCGAAUGGCCGGUAAGGGUAUUGACUGGAAAGACUUGCAACGGAAACUUGCUCUCGAUUAUAUCGGCAUGGCUGACAUAUUGGAUGCAUUGGACGGGUCUCAAGAGCCUGGCACAGAGAAACCUAAGACCCUCCUUACUGCCCCCAACAACUUUGACAUGGUCGCCGCAGUCCAGAGACAGCUCAAAUUCGCGGAGAAGGUAUAUGAAGCUGAGUGGCGCCGACCAAAAACUCUCCAUGACUUCCUAGACUCGGCGGUUGCCAGAUACAAGGAAUUCUUUGCACUGAUUGCCGAAAACCCAGGCGUCUGCAUAGCACCCACCCUGGCUAUUGAUCUUGUCUGGCACACUCAUCAGCUCUCGCCUAAGAGGUACCGCAGUUACUGUCGACACGUGACUGACGGCCGAUUCGUGCACCACGACGACAAUCUCGAUGAGUCAACCCUCGAGCAAGCGAGCAACAACGCCGAGGAGCUCUACUUCUCCAAAUACGGCGUCGCAUACAACCACUCUAUAUUCUCCACUGACAAGAAACGCCCCAUGUGCUUUGGAGAUAUAGCCUCACGGACUUGCCUUGGAGGCAAGGACACCCUGAUGUGCAAGGCUACGGACGCGCCCAGCUGUUCGAGUCGUUGCGGCUCUUCAUGCUCCAGCGCAUGCGGUUCUUCGUGCUCCACUGCAUGCCGCUCCGGCUGCCAGAGUUACUGCCGCGGGGGAUUAUGUGCGAACCAGUGUAGGGCGGCAUGUGGCUAUGUGUGCGGCGCCUGCGAGACCAAGAGUGAUUAG